GACCAGUGAAGUAGUAUGCCGUGUGUUGCUAUGGCUGGGGUGGGACAAGGGGACUGCCUUCCUACCGGCCAGUUACCAGUUACCAGCACGACGGUCCACUGUGAUAACCUGUCCCUCUUUUACUCAUCUGCGAAGAAAUCAAAGCCAUGGCAACAGGUCUCAAGAUCUACUUCUGUGGCAGCAUCCGAGCUGGCCGAGGAGAUGUGGAGAUCUAUGGCCGCAUUGUGGAGAUGCUCGGAAAGUAUGGCACUGUGUUGACACCUUUCGUGGCUGAUCCAAAUCUUACAAAAAAUUCAGCUGAAGAAGGAAAGGCAAGAACUGAUAAGGAAAUCUAUGAUCGAGAUAUGAGCUUACUAGAGGAAUGCCAUGCAAUUGUUGCAGAAGUAACACAGCCAUCACUUGGUGUUGGAUUUGAGCUCGGCCGUGGUGUGGCAAUGAAUAAGAAGAUCCUCUGCUUGUAUAGACCUCAGCCUGAGAAGAGACUGUCAGCAAUGGUCCGCGGGGCAGAGAAGGAUGGCUGCUUUACUACUAAGGACUACAAGGAAGAAGAUCUCCCUACUAUCUUCGAUGAUUUCUUCCAGAACUUUGUGCGUCGAGAUAGGAAGAACAGCCUUGACUGGAAAAGUUAUGAACCAAUGUAAAUCAUAUCAAGUAAUUUCUGAAAAGGUUAACAAAGUGGUUUCAUAUCAGUUACUCAAAAUUUCUUCAGAUGGGAUACAGUAUUUAAUGUUCUCUGUUGGAUGGAUUCUAAAAUAAUGUACUUCUCUGUGCCAGUGUUACCAUUGCAGUCUUUAUUGACAGUAUGGAGAUACCUGUGCAUCAUGACAUCAUUAUAAGAAAAAUGCUAUUAAGAUGCAGUUCUUUGUUAAAAUGUAACAAUGGUUAUAUUAGAAAAUUGUUUUCUGAUGUGCAUUAGAAAUAAUGCUAAUACUUUGGUAACACAUUAUUUUUUGUCAAAAUCCACUGUAUUGUUAUAGAAAAAUAAACAUGUAAACUUUAACAA